CAUUCUUCGAGAAUGCGCAAAGAAGUAAAUACAAGUGUAUAAUAACGGAUUCAUUAUAUAGCAAUUGUAAUACUAGCACUUUUAAUAGUGAAUAUUUUAAAUCAUCUGCGCCCCUGUUCGAUUUCACAUUUUUUUUCUUUUUUCGUUCUUUCUUUUCUAAUUUCCUUUUUCUUAGAUUCCUUUUUUCUUCAAAAGCAAUAAUAGAUAAAAUUACCUUAAAUCCAUUUUACGGAGUGUUUAUUUACGUAAUUGCAUUCGUAAUAUACGGCAUAAGGAAUCUAGUGCGCUAAGGGUUGUUCUGAAGGAUUAAACAUUUUGUGAUUAUUCAUCACUAUUCAAUUAAUAUGGUUCAAUUGCGACGUCAGUCGCUGAACAUAACCAGAUGUUUUAUAAUACCGAUAUGAAUCAAGAUUUCUGUAUAACUUCUAACACAUAUUCGAAAUGAUUGUCUUUUCACAUUGGGCUAAUACAAAAUUUAAGCACUAUAUACCUUUCAAAUUCAAGAAAGUUACUUUGUUCCACAUAAACAUGGACUGAACUUAUAUAAUACUGCAACCACAUAUUUAUUUCUAUUUUCUGUAUUUUAUCUUGUGGGGGCAUCCUGAAUCAAUUUCAAUUUAAUAUCAAACGGAAUUUGUCAUCUUUACAAAUUAGAGAUAAAAAAGUAAUACAACCAGAACGAUCUUUUAAGUAUGCAGAUCUAACAGUCCGUCUUGCAGGACCAGACCAAUUACAACCAAAGCCCAAUGUCAGUGCUUUAGCAUUUGGUAAAUAUUUUACAGAUCACAUGUUAAAGAUAUUUUAUCAUGAAACAUUAGGAGGAUGGCAAAUACCAGAAAUUACACCUCUUGAAAAGUUAGUUCUCCAUCCAGCAUCAAAAGUUCUUCACUAUGCUGUAGAGUUGUUUGAAGGUCUGAAAGCUUAUAGAGGAGUAGAUGGGAAGAUAAGAAUAUUUCGACCAGAACUAAAUAUGGAACGUAUGAACAAUUCAGCAACGAGAACUGGCCUACCUACAUUCAUAGGAGAAGAAUUAAUUAAAUGUUGCUGUAGAUUAAUUAGUAUUGAUCAAGAAUGGGUACCUCAUUCUACUGCUUCUAGUCUAUAUAUACGCCCAACACUUAUAGGAAUAGAUCCCACACUCGGCGUUGCAUCUUCAGAAUCUGCUUUACUCUAUAUUAUUUUGUCACCUGUUGGCUCUUAUUUCAACAAAACAAAAGAAAAUAUUGGCAUAUCUUUACUGGCUGAUCCCCAAUAUACAAGAGCAUGGCCAGGUGGUUGUGGUAGUUACAAAGUAGGUAGCAAUUAUGGGCCUACUAUAUAUGUACAAAAGGAAGCUAUAGAGAAGGGUUUGCAACAAGUAUUAUGGCUUUAUGGAAAAGAUAAUGAAGUAACUGAGGCCGGGACUAUGAACAUUUUCAUGUUCUUUAUAAAUGACGAUGGUGAAAAAGAAUUAAUAACACCACCUUUAACAAGUGAUUUAAUUCUUCCUGGAGUUACAAGAAAUUCUAUUUUAGCAUUAGCCAGAGAAUGGAAUCAAUUUAAAGUCAGUGAAAGGAAAUUUUGUAUGAACGAAGUUUGUCAGUUACUUUCAGAAAACAGAUUGUUGGAAAUAUUUGGAGCAGGAACAGCUUGCAUAAUUAGUCCUGUAUCUUACAUAGAAUAUGUUGGACAACCAUUGCAUAUACCAACGAUGGAGCACUCCAAUCCUGUUUACAAAAUGUUUUUGAAACAUUUAUCUGAUAUACAAUAUGGUGUUAUACCGGAUCACCCUUGGGUGAUACCUAUUGAAUGAAUAUAGAAUAAUCCAUUUAAUUAGUUAUCACAUAAUUAUAACCAAAAGCGACUCCAUGCAAUUUUUAACAUCGAUUGUAUUAUAUUUAAAAGAAUGGUUGUUGGGAAUGUCACAAUUUUGUUGUUGCUAGCUUCAUGCGAAUGUUGUUGUGAAUGAAUUCUUAUUUAUUUACACAUGGAACUGAUCUUGUCAAAGCAUGUAAGAAGUGAGCAUGUAUUGGAGAUGAAGCUCAGGGAUUAAUUGUUUCUUACAGAAGCAAAGCAACUUUUUAAUAGUGAGCUAUAAAGACUAAUGUGUUGAUUUGUAUGUGUGUUAUACGUUGAAUGACAGUUCGUACUUACGAGUAUGUGUGUGUUUCUACAUAGAAAUAUAGAUGUAUUGUAUAUAUUUUUUACAUUACUUAUUUACUAUCUUAUGUAAUUUUAAUAAUUUUUCUAUGGUACAAAUUAUUUAUUCAAUGUUCUACCUCACCGAUCAAGAAGGACGACAAGGAAAGAAUAUGCUAUAAAAGGCUUUUUUUUACUUGCUAGAUAUGUCUUUGUAUGUCUGAAAAAGGUUUUUGUUCAUAUGUGUAUCAUCUCAAUAAAAGUAUAAGUCUAUAAACA